AUGGUUUUGGCUGCACCGCCGCUGCCGACGCGGUUUCCCUGCUGGGUCAGGGCAGUUUAUUCGUGGGGUGGAGAGUCCAAACGAGAUCUCGGCUUCAUCGAGGGCGACCUGAUCGAGUGUCUCAAUGCGGGCGAUGGGUCGUGGUGGAUGGGGAGACUGUGGCGAGACAGGAGGGCCAUCGGAUUGUUUCCCUCAAACUUCGUCGAGGUUCUGCCAGACUCUUUCCGGCCCACGAGCAGAUCGACCAGUCCCCUGCCCGGCAGUAGCACGCCCAGCCCCAAAGACACGCCCCGGAAGUCAAAGACUUUCCGCAAGCCCUUCGAGGCUUAUUCAAAGGCGCCGCACUACACCACGGCCAAAAUCCCAGAAACCUUCCAGAAGGAGCCCAUUCGCUUGCGCGAGACGUCGGAUACCUCGCUGAGCAAGGUCCCCGCUCCAGCGCCCCGGGACCGCGACCCCUCUCCCGUGCCGCCUCUCAACUAUAACUAUGGCUCAAGAGCGCCAUCCCCCGCGCCAUCCUUUACGCCUUCAUAUUUUCCUGGCCACAGCGGCCAUAGCCACAUCUCCCGAGCUGCAUCCCCUGCGCCAUCAUAUGUGCCUCCUCAGCACAUAUCCCGCGCACCCUCUCCCGCACCAUCAUUCAGGCCUGCCCCCAGCUAUGAGUCCCGAGUGCCGUCUCCGACGCCUUCAUACCGGCCAUACCGACCUCCCUCCGCCCAGCCGCCACCGGAUCGGCAAAGCCUGGAGGGGGGCGGCUCCCCACCCCCUCCACCGCCACCACCACAUCGUCACACGGUGUCGUUGCACAACUCUAAUGCCUCGUAUGACUACCAUGUAGACCUAGCAAGGCAACACUCCAAUGCCUCCUACGGCUACCAACCCGUAGAUAACAUGGCGAGGCAUAACUCCAACGCAUCCUAUGGCUCUCGCCUGGCAGAAAGUGCUUCAAGACACCACUCCAACGCGUCGUUCGACCAUCGGCGGUCCGGCAACAUGGCGAGAAAUAACUCUAACGCGUCUUAUGACCAUAGGUCUGUAGGCUAUCAUACGCCGCGCGUGCCUUCACCGUGUCCGCCGUCGCCUAGAAUAGAGGAAAUGACACCUUCUCCAUUGAGAGAGGCUAUGGACCACGUCAUGGAGCAGUUGGAUGCACUGGGUGUCCCGCGCGAGACAGAGUCGCCAGAGCCCAUUUUUGACCCUUGGUCGCCAGAGUCUUUUGACAUGCUGCGUGAUCAGCCAAAACGGAAGCGAGACCCUCGUAGGCCACAGACCGCUACGGGAAUCGCGCAGCAAGUCGAUGAGGGCUAUGAAACGUACAGCGGAAGUGGCGGAUCCUCUCAGGACCCGUCAUACCACAGCUCGUUCCAAGAAGAGCCCAAACUUCCCCAGCUGAGCAACUACGUCGAGCGGAUGGAGUCGAGACUCAGGACAAUGCAUCAACACAAUUCCGGCUUGGCUGAGACAGAAGAUGCACCUCCUCCACCACCGAAAAACAACGUGUUCGAGCGGCCAAAGUCUUCGAUGGAGGUGCGCGCACCACCGGAACAAAAAUUACGGCAUAAAAAGUCUGCUUACGAGGUCGGCCGCCAGGUUCUCAAUAGGACCUUCACCACAAAAACCAACUCGACGAGUGUAUCUUUGGGACUUCAAAGCACAACCUCUGGAGCGACCCAGAGCACGAACCGAAGUCUGAUGAGCGGCGUAUCGGCUGGAGGAAUCAGUGCUACCAGCGCAGGCAGCUUGGCCAGGAGAAACCAAAGCCGAGCUCAGAGCGCGCUCGGAAUGCGGGAUCCGGAUCAGGACCGCCCAGAGACGCCUUUUACGGGGGUCACGUACCACAGUAGCCAUGCUUCGGGGGAUGCACGGCCCAAAUCAACAAUGGGCUUUCACGACGACAUAAUAGGCGGCAUCGGAGGUCUUGUGCAGCCCAAGCCGAAAAAGCAAAACUUCAUAAAACGCAUCCUCGAGUCGGCAAAGACUGGCGUCGCAAGCACGAGAGGUAGCAUAGCCACGACGGGAACUGCUUCUGUGCAGGGUUCCUCGGUAACUCGCAUGGCGGCUGCAAUCAACGGCUCGUCGCUUGACCUCAGCUCGGGGACAGGGCAGAGAGAUGCCGCCCGGGAGAUGGGCCUUGGUAACGGCGUCGACUGGGUCCAGGUCCGGCGAGACGUUAACCGGUCCAACUCUCUCAGCCGCAACGAGCGCGUCGAGAGAAGGGAGCGGUGUCAGAUGCUGGAUUACCCUGCGCUGGAUCCUGUCGACGAGCUGUACAACAGCAUCGACGGGGACGAGGGAGCCGACGGAAUGCCGGUGCAAGAGCCAAUCAACUAUCUCGCCAUCAACCUCAGCCAGGUAGACAAGAACUCGCGCUUUAUCGGCGGCCUCCCCCCAGGGACAACAACGGUGACGCUUGCGACGAAUUACGUCUGCCGCCCGUAUCGGAGCGACAUCCAACGCCUGCGGGCCAUCUUCACCUGGGUUGCGGAGAAGAUAUGCUGGGAAGAGGACUUUGAAGGCGAAAUCGAUACACGGCGCGUCAUCCAAUCCAAACGCGGAUGCGCCGAGGAGUAUGCUGUGGUUGUGCUGGAGAUGUGUGCGGCAGUUGGGCUUCCCUGCGAGGUGGUCCGAGGCUAUCUGAAGGCGCCGGGCGAGAUACCGGAUGCCAUCGUCGUGCCGCGGUCAAACCACUGGUGGAAUGCCGUGCUCGUCGAUAACGAAUGGCGGAUUAUGGACUGUUGUCUUGCUUCUCCGUCCAACCCGCGGCGGGGGUUAUACUCUGGUUUCAGCAGUUCGACGGCGGACCCGUGGUGGUUCCUCGUCCGGCCUACUGAGAUCUGCUGGACGCACAUCCCCGAACACCAUUCGCAACAGCACGUCUGCCCGCCAGUGGCCCACGAGAUCCUCCUCAACCUGCCCUGCACCUGUCCGCCGUAUUUCAAAUCCGGUCUCGAGAUUGUCGACUACAACACGUCGCUGACACGAAUCGAGGACCUCGAGAUGGUCCAUGUCAAGUUCAACGUCCCCGCCGACAUUGAAGUGGCCGCCGAGGUAGAGGUGCGGGCAUACUCGCGAGACUCUGACGGCGACCUUUUCGAGUCGGGCGAUGUGGUGAAGAAGCGCGCCCUCGCGCAAGCCGAGUGGUUUGGCAGCGUCAAGCGCUACACUGUCAAGGCAUUGCUUCCAGGCGACGAGGGCACGGGCACGCUGAAGGUGUAUGCCGGAAAGCGCGGGCUAAUGCACAGCAUCAAGGACAUCCCACACCCGCUGGCCUUUGCGCUGCCCAUUAUCCACACGGGCGAGAAUCCGCCAUAUGAGUUUGUCACGCGCCAUCCGACGCCGCACGCCCAGCGCCACGACAUCUACGUCGUCCAGCCCCAGUGUCAGCGCCUCGCGCUCAACAACACGUUCGUCUUUGCCAUCCGCCAGCAUCCUAGCUCGCUCGGUGGCGCGGCCAUAAGUGGUGCCGUCAUGGCUCCGUCGUCCAACGGGGGAGCUACGAGCCCAAUACCGUUUGUGCGCCUGACAAGCGCCAUGAGCAUGACCAGCUCGAGCGCGGCCGGGUCCAAUCCUAGCACCGCAAGCUCAGGCAGCGGCCCAGCCAAGAAACCGGCCAAGCUCGCCAUCCAGACCCCGGGAGGCAAGAUCCUCCGCCUCAUGCGCAAGGAGGAGCGCCGCGGCAUUGGCGUCGGCGUGGGUGCAGGUGCUUCUGUUGCGGCUGGUCGCGCGGGCGAUGGCGACGACGAAGCCGGCGGCGACGGCGGCACCUGGGAAACCAUCAUCAAGUGCUCAGAACGCGGCGUCUGGCGGGGCCUAGUGCUAGCGGACCGCACGGCGCGGUGGUGCGUGUUUGCUGAGUGGGUCUGCGAGGGCUAA